AUGGUCACGGUUAGGUUUGCGAGGAACAUGCUGUCAAGAUUGGACGAUCAUAAGCUGCCACAAUCAGAAGAGGGGCCUCCUUUGGUCGUAAGCUCAUAUCAUUCCACACAUGGGUCGAUUGAGACGUUGGUAGUUGUUUUAGCCGUGAUCACAAUAGUUGCCGUUUUGGCUGGGAUCAUUGCUCGGCUUUGCGGUGGGCGUCAUUUUGGCAGAAAUGGGGAAAAUGACAUAGAAGGGUGGGUAGAGAGGAAAUGCAGAAGCUGUAUUGAUGGUGGUAAUCCAGCUGCACCACCACAGCCGGAGAACUCAAAGCCAGCCACAGAAGAAGCAAAGAAGUAA